GAGAAUAGGAAGUCAGUGCCUUAAUGGUAAAGUUUGUUUUUCCUGCUCUGUCAGGUAAUGGAGCAGAGAAUGGGAGACAGAUGACAAGGUUACCUGAGGGGUUACAGAGGGAUAGCCAGGCUGAACCAUGGAGGAUUUUAAGACAGUAACUUAUAACAUCUUCACAGUAUGGCUGGCCAUGAUCUUCGUGCUGAUUUUAUUGCCUUCUAUAUUCGGGCUUUCUCUGGGUAUCUCUGAAGUGUACAUGAAAAUCCUGGUUAAAACAUUAGAGUGGGCAACCUUGAGGAUUCAAAGAGGAUUUGAACGUCAAAAGAAACUUCGAGCAUCCGCUUCCAAUGUUAUAAUCCAGAGAGAUGAGUCGCCAAUGGAGACUGAGAUUGGGGGCCUGAGACAAUCGCGAAGUCAGUGCUUGCAGCAAGGAGACUUUGAACUGUCCGAUGUGUUCUAUUUCUCCAAGAAGGGUUUUGAAGCUAUUGUUGAAGAUGAAGUGACUCAACGGUUUUCCUCUGAAGAACUUAUAUCCUGGAACCUUCUCACCCGAACCAACUACAACUUUCAGUAUGUCAGCUGGAGAGUCACACUCAUCUGGGUGCUCGGAGUCUUUAUACGUUACUGUAUUCUCCUUCCCCUGCGCGUUACCUUGGCUACAAUUGGGAUCAGCUGGCUGGUCAUAGGUGCGACUCUUGUUGGGCAACUGCCAAACAGCAGUGCGAAAAGGUGGCUCAGUGAACUUGUACAUCUAGUUUGCUGUCGUAUCUGUGCAAGGGCUCUCUCCAGUGCUAUCCAGUACCAUAACAAAGAGAACCGACCUAAAAAAGGAGGCAUUUGUGUAGCUAACCACACUUCUCCAAUAGAUAUCAUCAUUCUGGCUAAUGAUGGGUGCUAUGCUAUGGUUGGACAGAUUCACGGAGGGCUGAUGGGAGUUAUUCAGAGAGCAAUGGUGAGAGCUUGUCCACAUGUGUGGUUUGAGCGUUCUGAAAUGCGAGAUCGCCACCUUGUGACAAAAAGGCUUACAGAACAUGUUUCUGAUAAAACAAAGUUGCCCAUUUUGAUUUUCCCUGAAGGUACCUGCAUCAAUAACACAUCGGUUAUGAUGUUUAAAAAGGGAAGUUUUGAAAUAGGAGGCACCAUUUAUCCAGUGGCAAUUAAGUAUGACCCUCAGUUUGGUGAUGCUUUUUGGAAUAGCAGUAAACACAGUAUGGUGAGCUAUCUACUACGAAUGAUGACCAGCUGGGCACUCAAGUGCAACGUGUGGUACCUACCUCCAGUGACAAGAGAGGUGGACGAAGAUGCCGUUCAUUUUGCCAAUAGAGUAAAGUCUGCAAUUGCCAAACAAGGAGGACUGGUUGAACUUGACUGGGAUGGUGGUCUUAAAAGAGAUAGAGUCAAAGAAUCUUUCAAAGAGGAACAGCAGAAAAACUACAGCAAGAUAAUUGUAGGAGAACAUAAUUCCUUCCAAAAAACAACCAACUGAACAUUUUUUGAGGCUAUCAAACAACAAACAGAGUUUAUUCAUUUUUUUUUCUUUCACAUUUGCACUAAUGAGAUGGAGGAUGAAGUUAAGUAAAUUUCACUGCCAUGCAAAGAUUGCCUGUUGCUCACCUUGUGAAGUGCUCGGGCAACUUUGAUUUUGCCUGAAUUUACAGGAGAAUACCAGUUGAGUUUGGUCAAGAAACACCGCCUUGCAGUAGCGACAUUUAUAUUGACUAUAAACUGAUAAAUCUUCUCAAUGCUGGGUCUUCAACAGUAAAGCUAUAAAGGGAAUUUUGGAUCAAUGUAAAUUAACAUUCCCCAUGAAAUGUGGAAUGACAUUGGUACCAUUUCUAGUUAGAUUUAAUAAUUGAUUUGUGUUUUCUGGUCAUGUCAUAAAAACAUUCUAUAUGGAAAACAUGCAUUUUGUUUAUGUAUUUGUACAAGUAUGUAUGCAUCAGUUCAGUUUUGUUGUAUUUUUAUGCUGUGCAAUUUAUACUAUCGUUGCAACAACAAUUUCUACAUCCAGGCUACUAAAAUGUAAUAAUUUUUUUUUUUUUGCAGAUUUAUACUAGGCUUUUGGUGUGCCGAGGAUAACUAAUAUGGUCUGAUUAAUAUUUUAUAUUUGCUGUUUAGGCAAAUAUGGUGUCCUUCUGGAACACUAUAACAGUGCAAUUCUGCAUUAUAAAAAAAUACAAUAUAUAUAUAUAUAGUAAGAAAUUUAUCUGUCUGAUGCCAUACUUUCAAAUGGCAUCCUAAUACUAAACAAGACCUUGCAAAAAACGCUAAUGCAGUGUCUUUUAUGAGCAGUGUUUUCGAUCUCAUUUUGUAUUCCGUCCUACUAUGAUUGUUGAACUCCUUGGUUGGUUUUAUCUCUCAAAUAUCCUUUAAUAAAAUUUGUUUUGAGUUGA